UUGGCUGGACUAAGGAAAAUCCGUGAAGAUCCUACUUAUUUUGAAAAUUUGGAUAAACGAAAGGAACUACAUGGAUUAGAAGACAUUGAGUUUGAAAUAGACAAGUCUUUUCUCGAAAACAAAUCUGCAGAUACAACCGUUGAUUCGCAUGCAGAGGUGAUCACUGGAUCAGAAAAGGAAAAAGACUCUGAAGCUGUUGGAAAUAACUUCAAACGAGAAGAAUCGUCGAGUACGGUAGCAAAUGAUGCAGAAGAUACUGCGAAAUUAGCUAAAGACGCAGAAAACGAGAACGCAUCUGGUCAUCAAGAAGGGUCAAUUUCAAAUACAAAAGGGAACUUUGCUACUGAAACUCAUGGUGAACAUGAACACCCUUCCACCGCGAAAGAGGACGACAAUGCUGAUAAUACCGAAGGCCAUGAAGAACCAAUCGGUCGUAAUAAAGCGGUUGAAAGUACACACCAAGAAGAGCAGGAGGCCCAGAUUCCUGCUCCACCAACAAGGUCAACAGAAGAUCCGUCUGAGGGACUUGAGCCCCCAGUGCCACCAACUGCGGCUUCUUUGAAAGGAGCUGCGACGAGAGCAUGGAAAAUGAAGUUGACGGAGAAAGAUCUAUUGGAAAAGGUUGGGUUUUGAAA